CGUUGAGGCGUUCGAACGGCUUCAGCCUGACUUUUUAUAGCAACCGAGGGACAUAUUUGCUUGCGAUAACCACUUAUUUCAGAUAAUCAAACCCACCCCACUUUCAUUAUUUUCCGACAGCCGAAAAUAUUAAUCUUGAAAUCUUUAAUCUUCACCCAGAAGAUUCGGCCGGCGAGAAUUUAGAAAAAAAAGAAUUUUUUUGCACCCUUUUAGGUUACACCCACCAACUGUUUGUUAAAAAGCCUCACUCAAAAAGCAAACAACAAUGGCAACUGCUUCUUUGGGUUCAUCGACACUAAUUCAAUCACAGAUUAAUAGGUUUGUCAAGCCGUCAAUCUCAAGGAAAGCUGUUAGAACGGUUGUGAAGGCUAGUGCGCGGGUUGAUAAGUUUUCGAAGAGUGAUGUUAUUGUUUCUCCUUCAAUUCUGUCUGCAAAUUUCUCGAAGUUGGGAGAACAGGUGAAAGCGGUUGAGCUGGCUGGUUGUGACUGGAUUCAUGUUGAUGUAAUGGAUGGCCGAUUUGUUCCAAAUAUAACAAUCGGACCUCUUGUUGUGGAUGCAUUGCGCCCCGUGACUGACCUCCCAUUGGACGUUCAUUUGAUGAUUGUGGAACCUGAACAACGAGUGCCUGACUUUAUAAAAGCUGGAGCUGACAUAGUCAGUGUCCAUUGCGAGCAAUCGUCGACCAUUCAUCUACAUCGUACUCUCAAUCAAAUUAAAAGUCUUGGAGCAAAAGCUGGAGUAGUCUUGAACCCUGGAACACCAUUAACAACAAUCGAAUAUGUCCUAGAUGUGGUGGAUCUGGUCUUGAUUAUGUCUGUAAAUCCUGGAUUCGGUGGGCAAAGCUUUAUUGAAAGCCAAGUGAAGAAGAUAUCGGACUUGAGAAAAAUGUGUAUCGAGAAGGGUGUGAACCCAUGGAUUGAGGUAGAUGGUGGAGUUGGUCCCAAUAAUGCAUACAAGGUUAUUGAAGCUGGGGCUAAUGCGUUGGUUGCGGGUUCUGCUGUCUUUGGAGCUAAAGAUUAUGCUCAAGCAAUAAAAGGUAUUAAAACCAGCACUAGACCGGCAGCAGAUAAUUCAUAAUAUGCUUUUCGACCUCAGCGGGAUUUAUUCAAGCAGGAUGUGAUUCCGACAUUGGUAAUCUCAAUACAAAAGGAAGGAUUCUAUAGCAAAAACUGCAUUGCGGCAUACACGUACAAAGGCAAUGGAUAGAGGGUUCGAUGUAGAAGAAACGUUAUAGUACCUGUGUAACAUGCGUUGCGUAGACCAGUGUAAAGUUCAUUUCGUUUUCUUUUAUGCUGGUUGAAAAUAUGAUUGUUGUACUGAGAAGUCUGAAAGUUGUAGUUAAAUCUCAAAUUCUCAAUAUAUUGAUUUUUUUAAACC